AAAAAAACGGGUUUGCGUGCAGAACCUUGUAAAUGUCAGAGAACAUUUGCAGUUUAUUUGAAGCGUUUUGGAUAGAGGAGGGGAAAUAUUUCUAUAUUUUUAAACAUUAUAUUAUGUGUCGAUGUGAUGUGUGCUUAAUGUAGUGUGUUAUUUGCUCACAUAUUUGAGACAGCAACAUGUUUGGAUGGAACAGAUUUCACAAAUCCAAGCCCUGCGUGUUACUGCAACACCUGGCAACCAGAAGAACCAGUUCCACACCACCCAGACUGGUACUGGGAAUCGAGACGAGCUGUGAUGAGACUGGAGCUGCAGUGCUGGAUGAGACUGGGAGGAUUCUGGGAGAAUCACUUCACUCUCAGAAAGAAGUCCAUUUAAAAACGGGAGGAAUCAUCCCCACGGUCGCCCAACGGCUCCACGAAGAAAACAUUUCCAGGGUGGUUCAGGAGGCUUUGGACAGGAGCGGCGUCGCACCGAGCGAACUCGCCGCCGUGGCCACCACGGUGAAGCCAGGCCUGGCGCUGAGCCUCGGCGUGGGGUUACGGUUCGCUGGGAGGUUCGUGAAGCUUCACGACAAGCCCUUCAUUCCCAUCCACCACAUGGAGGCUCAUGCACUGACUGUACGGAUGCUGCAGCGGGUGGAUUUCCCGUUUCUGGUGCUUCUUGUUUCCGGAGGUCAUUCACUUCUCGCUCUGGCCAGAGGAAUCGACGACUUCUUACUUUUAGGCCAAACACUGGACGAGGCACCAGGAGACACUAUGGACAAGGUAGCGAGGAGGCUGUCUCUGAUAAAGCACCCGAAAUGUUCGGUUCUCAGCGGAGGUCAAGCGAUCGAGGUGCUGGCGAGAGAAGGAGACCGACUCAAGUUCCAGUUUAGAUCACCUAUGGGACAGCACUACGACUGCAACUUCUCCUUCGCCGGCGUCCGCAACCAAGUGACCACGGCUAUUAUCAAAAAAGAGAAGGAAGAAGGCAUGGAGCAGGGUCGGUUAUUAUCCUGCGUUCACGAUAUCGUCGCUGGCACGCAGCACACCGUAGCCUCGCACACGGCCAAGCGGACGCACCGGGCCAUCCUGUUCUGCCAGGCCAGAGGCCUCCUGCCGCGGGACGACCCAACGCUGGUUGUAUCAGGAGGAGUAGCAAGUAACGAAUACAUCAGAGAAACGCUGAGGAUCGUCACCGACGCCACCGGACUGCGGUUACUCUGUCCUCCCGCCAAAUUCUGCACAGAUAAUGGAGUAAUGAUUGCAUGGAACGGUGUGGAGAGGCUGAAGGAAGGAAAAGGGAUCGUCUCGUUUACUCAGGACGUUCAAUACGAGCCCAAGGCUCCGCUUGGCAGAGAUAUUUCUACAGAAGUGAGAGACGCACAAAUCAAGCUUCCACUGUUAAAACUGAAGAUAAAAAACUGAACUAAACUGACUGUGUAAUUCCUAUUUUAUAUAUAAAAGCUCUGUUAAAAUCAAA